GUAAGGCUUAGUUUACCAAGGAAGUUUGUCUCCAGCCCUAUUUUCUAGAAGACCCAGUGUAAGAUACAGGGGAAUAGUUUGGUUAGAAUUGUGAUGCAGAAACUUUUCUGUCUACGAUCUGCAAAUGAAAUUCAGAACAUCAAGAAUGGACAUGGAAUGAGCAAAACUUCGGAUUCUGAUGGGAAGACUGUGGACAUUCCUCCAAACCCAAAUCGAAGUACCCCAUUAGGAAAGACUGAAAAGCCUGGUACCCUGAAACAUUUACUCGACAAGCUGCAGAAAUUCCUGAAGGGGAAUCUAAAAGCUCUGGGGGUGGCUCAGAUUAUGAUUGGUGUGAAAUGCAUCUUUUAUGGGAUAAUUGGAUUUUUUGCUUUUGAUUCUGAAAUGUACCCAACUGUUUUCUUCUCAAUUUACACAGGCUUCCCUUUAUGGGGGGCAUUGUCUUUUAUCAUGUCUGGAUCUCUGACUGUUGUGUCUGCCAAGAAGCAAACAAAAUCACUGCUGAGGAAGAAUAUAGGUGCUAACACUCUUAGCACAUUGGUCUCGAUUGUUGGGAUCUGUAUUCUGUCAUAUAAUUUAACAAAAAAUUUCCGCUAUGAUUGCAAGAAGGAAACUCUCUGCUUGGCCAUCAAAUCAAUUGCAAUUGGACUUGUGAUUGUCCUGAUGAUCCUAACUUGUCUGCAAAUUUUAAUUUCACUCCCUCUCUCCAUGCUCGUCUAUAAUGUGGAUGACAGGAAUAUUCACUGGAUUUCUGUAUUUUUUUGCUGGAAAUCACCUUCUGAAAGUCCUUAUCAAGACUUGUUGCCUCAAACUUCAAUCUAUCAAGAACUUGAAUGUAAAGAAGAAACACCUUCAUGUUAUCCCACAGAUACUAGUAAACAAAUAUGAAGCUAUACUUCUGUAUUUUGGAUCCACAGUGAUAGCAAGAAGAUCAUACUGUGACCACUGAGGCAUAAAUAUACACGUGUGAGAAUACAACUGUGUGGUUCAAAGUCAUAAAGACAGCAACUAGCAUCUAUAGCAUCAAGAAUUUGGUUGUCACUAUUCUUUUGGUUGGAUGUUAUCACAGGCUAGGUGUAUGCUCUGUAACAAAACUUUACUUUGAAAUAUUGGUGGCUUAACACAUCAGAAGUUCAUUUACUGCAUACUUUACAUGUUCAUUGUUAGUUGGCUGUUUAGACCCACACUGAUAUGGGUUCUGCAAAAUAGAAUAAUAUCUCAAAAAGUUUUUUUUAUUUUGCCGAGGUAGGGAAAAAAAAGUUAGAAGUUGGACCUCUGGCAAUGAGAUACUUUGGUUGAGAAGCAUGUGUCAUUCUGGCCACAGCUCAUUAAAUGGUGACCUUCCCAGUGCUGUGUGGGAGACAGGAAAUGUAGAGGGACAGAAAAUAUCAGUGAAUAAUAUUAUCUCCACCCCAGUGUUCUUCAUCAGCCAGGAUCUAUUUUCUGAGAUCACAAUUCAUUUUCCUUAUUCAUUCAUUACUACAUGUUAGAAAAAAAAUCUCAAUUCCUCCAACUCUCAAAUGUAUGAACAUAAAGCUCCAUUCCUUUCUUAAAGCUCUGAAGUUUAACCUUUCUUUGAUGAAGCACAGUGAAGUCAAUGGAGACUUUUCUGGACCAGUCGUGAACACUUUGCAUGAAGUCUUUGGUCCGUCAUUUUUACACUCUGACUUUGGAAGUGUUUCUUUCCUGACUAAACAUCAGUUUCCUUAUCUUUCAAAUGGCCUCACUUGUGCUUACUCAGUUCCGAUUGGGAUAUACAUCAAGGAAAAGAGUAAAUAUACACAAAAAAUACUUUUAAUCAUACAAAAUACUGUAGAUUAUAGUAUUUCAUUGGUCUAGUGUUAGGUUAAUUAAUUAUAUUGCAUCAUUCAGAGUACGUUAGGCUUUUGUGAUGAUAUUUUACAUAUGUAAGCUUAUAUGUAAAAGCUUGUGUUGCUUCGUUGGCUCACUGACAAUCAAAGUGUUACCCAUUCCCCUAGAAUAUACAACCAGAAUGUUUCAAAGUCUAGUAAAAUUAAUAGUGUGUCCAUGAGAUCCAACAAUUCCAUUCCUGUUCUAUACAGUAUCAUAGCUACUACACACAUAUGGCAAUUAAAAUUUAAGUUCUUUAAAAUGAAAAAAAGAUUCAAAGCCCAUUUUCUUAGUGUCACUAUCCAUGUUACAAGCGUUCAAUGGCCACUUGUAGCUAGUCCAAAAUAUAUGAGGGAAAGGGCUGAUAAAACUAAAAGGAGAAAUCGACAAAUAUCCUAUUAUAUUUGGAGACCUCAACCCCUCUUUGACAGCUGAUAUAUCACCCAGGUAGAGAAGCAGAAAGGAUAUAGAUGACCUGAGCAGCAGUAUCAAUCAAGUUGACCUAAUUGACACUUAUAGACCUCUCCAUCCAACAACAACAGAACAUACAUUUUUCUCCAAUGUGCGUGGAAUAUUUGCCAAUAUUGGUCACUUCACGUGUUAGGCAACACAGCUCAACAAAUUUAAAACAAUAUAAAUCAUACAGUUGUCACACAAUAGCAGAAUUGUGAUAGGUGGAAAAUUCAAAAUUUUUGGAAAUCAAACAACAUAUUUCAAAACAGUCCGUGAGCCACAGGAAAGUUUUUAAAACAGGUAGAAAUAUGGGGUUUCUUUUGCUUUUGGGGGGCACUUCUUGUGAUUUUUUUUUUCAAAGCCAGAUGUGAUACAUCAUAUAAUAGAUGGCUAAAGAUAGAAAUACUUACAGAUACGUGUAUAAACAUGGUGCAGUGGACUGUCUGUGUCUCCCCUUCCCAAAUUCGUAUGUUGAAACUCUAGCCCUCAAUAUGAUGGUAUUUGGAGAUGGGGCCUUUGGGAGGGAAUGAAGUAGCGAGGGUGGAUCUGUCGUGAUGGAAUUAGUACCUUAUAAGAAACGACAUGAGGGAACUUACUUCCUCUCUUUGCUCUCUACUAUGUGAGGAUACAAUGAGAAAAUGGCUAUCUGGAAGCCAGGGGGGAAAACCGAGCAUGCUCGCAUCUGGAUCUCAGAUAUCCAGCCUCCAGAAUUGGGAGAAAUAAAUAUUUUCUGUUUAAGUUACCCACUAUAUAGUGUCUUGUUAGAAUAGCUCAACUAGGGCACAUGAAUUAGUAGACAGAUGUAUGUUUUCCUCUGUUAGCUAAGAGAACCUAAAAGAAAUGACAUCCCAAUAGUAACAAGCACGCCUAGAGCCCAGAUCUUUAUUUCUAGUAUGGUUCUCCAAUAAGAAGAAAUGGGCUGCGUGAUGAAAUGGCUGAUUCUAAGACGUGGGCAAGAAGUAUGUAAGAUGAGGGGCACCUGGGUGGCUCAGUCGGUCGAGCAUCUGACUUCGGCUCACGUCAUGGUCUCACAGUUUGUGAGUUCGAGCCCCGCGUUGGGCUCUGUGCUGACAGCUCAGAGCCUGGAGCCUGCUUCAGAUUCUGUGUCUCCCUCUCUCUGCCCCUUUCCAGCUCAUGCUCUGUCUCUCUCUCUGUCUCUCAAAAAUGAAUAAACGUUAAAAAAAAAUUUUUAAAAAAAGAUGUAAGAUGAACCUGAGAACAUGGUCAUGUCAUAAAAAGAAGCAAGUGCCCCAAAUGAGACACAAUGAUAGGGUCCAUCAAAGGGACACAGGAGCCACUGAACGAUCUCCCAAUGAUCAAAACAGAAACAAUUUGAGCAAUAAGAUAAAUUGGUAUUAGAUUAAAACCCCAAGAAUGUAUAAAUAUUCAUAAAUUCAUACAAAUACUUGAAUGCAUAAAUAAGUGAGAGAAAAUUGACAAAACCCCAGGGCAGAAUAUCAAAUAACUUAUGAGGUUACUCUACCCUCAAAGCAGUAGAUCUUAACUCCCUGACUCCUUGAGUCCAGGCUGCACACGGUGGCUAGACAGUGACAUCCUUCUGAAGAGUACAGUAUAAAAAGUCGGGGAAAAGCUAACUUUAGUGUGGAAAAAACUGAAAAACUGUACUCAGUGAGGAGAUUAAAGCCAACGUCAACAGCAUAAGUCAUGUUGAUAAUAUGUACCCUUGAUUGGAUGUGAUAAGGAUCAUAUUGUACUCCUGACAUCUUCCUCCCCAAACCUCAAAACACUAGUCUGAUCAUGAGAAAAAUAUCAGAUAAGCUCCAGGUGAGGGACAUUCUGCAAAAUACUUGAUCAGUAUUCCACAAAACUGAUGAUCAAGUUUUGAUGAUCAAGGUCAUCAAAAACAAAGGAAGUCUCAGAAAUAGUCACAGCCAACAGGAGGCUAAGAAAACAUGGAAGCUAAGUCUAAUGUCGUGUCUUGGGUGGGGAUCUUGAAAGAGGAAAAGGGCACUAACUAAAAACUAAAGACAUCUGAAUAAUAAUAACGCUGUAAUGAUAACGUAUCAAUAUUGGUUCAUUCUAUACUAAGGUAAGAUGCCAACUGAUUUGGGGUAUAUGGGAACUCUUUUAAUAUUUUCUCAAUUUUUAAAAAUAAAUCUAAAGCUGUCGUAAAAAGAAAUCGUAUUCAAAUUAUUGCAAUGUGAUACAAAGACAUCAAAAUGGUUAGAAUGAAAAUCACAUGAUAUCAGGGUACAGAUGUACAAUACCUGGAAUUCAGGCAUUGCUAGAAGGCAGGUGCAUAU